AUGGCCUGGUACGACCGCGAUGGCGAGUCAACAUCCAGAAACCCAUUCAAAAAGUUCAGACGCCAACCACGACGAACCAAUUCGCUUCAGCUCGAACGCGGCCUGGACCCUGUUGCCCCCAGCGCGUCCCAAAGCCUGGCCGGUCCGGAGCACGGGGACGGUUCUUCCCUGUCUCACGAGCUGUCGAAUUUCCAUCGGCCUCCCGAUACGGCGUCAAGCGCUCCUAGUAGUACCGCGCCUCUGCACAUCCCGACGUACGCCGACGACAAUGAGAGCGAUCUUCCCUUGAACAAGCCUCGGAAAAGGAGGACUCUCUUGGGGAGUGUAGGGGAGGAGUCUCCGGAUCAUGAUAAUAAAUUGACCCCUACGUCGUCUGAAGAGUCGGCGUCGAAAAAGCAACGGUUCACCGUGAUGGGGCAGCUGAGGGCGACUAUUUUCAAUUCAUGGAUUAAUGUUCUUCUAGUUGCUGCUCCGGUGGGGAUUGCUUUGAACUAUGUCGAUGUCGACCCGGUGGCUGUCUUCGUGGUCAAUUUUAUUGCCAUCAUUCCACUCGCCGCGAUGCUGAGUUAUGCGACAGAAGAGAUUGCCUUACGAACCGGCGAGACGAUCGGUGGUCUUCUGAAUGCGAGUUUCGGAAACGCUGUCGAAUUAAUCGUCGCCAUUAUUGCGCUGGUCCAGGAUGAGGUCAUUAUUGUCCAGACCUCGCUAAUUGGAAGCAUGCUGUCGAACCUUCUCUUGGUCAUGGGGAUGUGUUUCUUCUUCGGAGGCCUUGAUCGCCUGGAGCAGCACUUUAACCCUGUUGUCGCGCAGACAGCGGCGAGUCUUCUUGCACUGGCCGUGGGCAGUUUGGCUAUUCCAACUGCCUUCCACACCUGGUCUGGUGCUGGAGAAAAGGGCAUUGCCCCUCUGUCUCGGGGUACCAGUGUCCUCCUGCUGGUCGUGUAUGGCUGCUACCUCUUCUUCCAACUCAAAACCCACUCGGAGAUAUACAACCAAGCAAGCCCCAAAGUCGAAAAAAGACACAAGUCAGUCAACGAAGGUGAUGCCAGUCGGGGCAUCGCUCAGAUCGGCAAGAUGACGGCCACCAUGGGUGGCCACUCCGCGCAGCAAAUGGAACUAUACGAAGAGGAGGAAGAGGGGGAACAGCCUCAGCUCAGCAUUAUCGUGGCCGUGGCGACACUGAUUAUUUCCACUGUCUUCGUUGCUUUGUGCGCUGAGUUCAUGGUUGAUUCUAUCGACGCACUUACGAAACGAGGACACAUCUCGGAGACCUUCGUCGGGCUGAUUCUGCUUCCCAUUGUGGGAAAUGCAGCCGAGCAUGCAACGGCUGUGACGGUUGCGUGUAAGGACAAGAUGGAUCUAGCCAUCGGCGUGGCUGUCGGUUCUAGCAUGCAAAUUGCCUUGCUGGUUCUUCCACUUGUUGUGGUUAUCGGAUGGAUCAUGGGCAAGGAUGAUAUGACAUUGUAUUUUGAUGCUUUUCAAAUCAUCUUGCUCUUCGUUUCCAUACUUCUGGUCAACUACCUCAUCCAGGACGGAAAGUCCCACUGGCUUGAAGGCGUCUUGUUAAUGAUCAUGUAUCUGAUCAUUGCCGUCGCUGCCUGGUUCUAUCCUGCCCGGUCGGAGCCUACGACUUCAUAA